GUGGCACUUCUUAUAAUUCAGAAUUUCAGUUAGUCUGGGAAUAUUAGGGAAAACAAUUGAAAUGAGUUCUUUAAAUAACGUAUUAAUGUGUAGUUAAUGAUAACCGAUGAUAAGAGAAACACAAAGCAAUUUCUCAUUCUCGAGUAGUCAGUAAAGACAGUAAGACCUAUUAUCUCUGUAACCUUUAACAUUCGGGAUAUGAAGAAUUCAAAAAUCUUUUUUAAAUGAUUUACAGAAAAUGACUUUACCGACAAGUGUAGCAGUUGUCAAUACCGAUCGAAUGCACAUAAGCAUACGUGCGCUUAUGCUAUUUCUAUCGCACACUAAGGAUCAUUUAAAUUCAUUCCGCAAUUUAGCUAGUUAACUUUUAUUAGUGCAACGGUUGCGUAGAAGAACGGGCGAUACAGAUUUGACAGCUAGUGUAUUCAAAGUGUGAUUUUCUUUCUGGGCAUGCUUUGAACAUUUAUGAAGAUGGGAUCGUUCGUGUUCAUAGCAUUGGUGAUUUUCGUAAUACUCUACAUGAUAUGUUCCUCUGGAAUGGUUCUUGCUGAUUGCCAUAAGGGACCCCGAUGUACCGUGACUCGAGUCCACCGAUUGAAGGCAGCAGAUUGCUUUCAGAGGGAUUUCAAGCAGUUCCCUAAGUGCCUAUCAACUGACGUAGAGAUUCGUGCUGAAGAUGCAAUAAGGCAAAUAUCUCAUCCUGAAACAUCGAUGUCCGCCAUUGAGGAUGACAAUGUUCCAUGUGAUAGAGUUAACCUCGAACAGAAUUCGCAAAAUCAACAGAUUCGACUUAGCUCCGUUCAGUUACCUCCAGUUUCUGUACUUACAAGAUAACUUGAUUUUCAAGAUUGACGAUGACGUCUUCUACGAUAUGAAUUCCUUGCGUACCCUCGAUCUAUCAGUGAAUGCCAUAACGAAACUACCUACUGCGAUAUUCCAGCUACCGUCUCUGAGAACCCUGUACUUGAGUCAAAAUGUCAACAUGAAUAUCAUCGAUGCACUGGAUAGCGCAAAACCGAUUCGUAGUCCUUUGGAGAAAGUCGAUAUCAGUUACACCACAGAUGAAGACAACAUAAACAAAUUCCCGGAUUUUGGGCCUGUUCCAUACUUGAUACUUUUGAAUAUAACAGGAAAUCAGUAUGUUACGAUGACUAGAAAGAAUCUCGUGGGAUUCUGCAACCUGCAGAUUCUGGCGAAUGAUAAUGUUACUACUGGUUUCGAAGAGGCAUGUGAAUGUGUGAGAAUAAACCAAAUGCUGACAUUUUUCAAUGUCAAAUUCACCCCAUUCAUCUGUUCAGUGGCGGAAUCAGAUUGCCCCAAUUUGCCCUACACAAAAGAAGAGCGCGAAAUCUUGCAGCAAUGUAAGGAAAUUGUAGAGACUUGGGAGAGGAAGUACAUGAUGUGGAAGCUUUCUGUUGGCUUAGGAGUGAUUGCUGCUAUUUCAGUCCUGUCCUUACUUCUGUAUUGCUUGGCCUGUAGAAAGAAGUGUGCCAAACGUCAACUUCCUGUUAAUGAAACUGGACCUAAAAAGCCUCCGGAUAAUAUUGGACUACUCAACAACCAAGCCACAGCUGUCGCAAAUGAAUAUGCGUUGUAAUAUUUUGACCAUGAAUGCAAAUGUAUGAAUCAUGUUCCAUAUGACGGGAAAAUAGGUAUCAAUAUUUUCUUUCUCUGGCAGCGCAACUGAUCUCUCCAAAGUAUAAUAUCGAAUAUACAAGAAGUUCAAUACUGGUUCAUACUUUUCCAUUUGAAAAAGUAUUAUAUUUUCAUUUGAGGUAAUGUUACUUUCAUGUAAUAGACUCCUAGUCCAUUUUUAUGGAGACUAGUUAUCUCAUGUUUGAGAUACUUAGUAUUUAUACACGAGAUUUGUGAUAUGUUAUUUAUAAUUUUUAUAUCUAUUAGAACUUUUGAUUUGUUUGUUCUUGAAAGUUUUUAUAUGUUUUUAAUUAAAUUUUGAUGAAGGAUUCUGAAAGAUUUGAUCUCUUAUAAGUGGAUGAAGAGAAAAACUACUGAUGUCAACACAUGUGAGGUUGGAUAGAUAAAAAUCGAAAAAUUU